UUAUUAAAAAGUCAACUAAAUAGCUCUAACGGUAUUUAUUAUAAUAUUGUUGAACUUUUUUACUUUUAGUUGAUUUUAUAGAAGCUUUUUACAGUGCACAAAAAAAGAAGAACUAUGAGUGGGGAAAAAAAAUAAGAAUACAAAAUAACUUAUCAUAAUGGAGCCAUUAUUAAUCAUAUUAAUUUUUAUUAUAGGGAACGGUAUAUGUUUACAAGUCACAUCGAUAAACUUAAACAAUCAUUCAAUUGAAAUAAACGCCUCCCGAAUUUUUCCUAACGAGUUUACACAUAUAGAAAAAGAUAAAGUGAAAGAAGGUUCGUCUCGUUCAGAAAGAUACAAAAUGCAAAAUGGUCUUAUACUUCUUCAUGCUCAAAGACCGCACACAGUUUCUGAUGUAAAGAAAUCUCAAUUGACCGAUAAUUCUCAGAGUAUUAAUUACCACGUUCGCAAAAAAGAACAAAAUAACGAAACGGUAUUUAAAAUAUUAGAAUUUAAUCGAUUCGGAGUUAAUAUAACUAUUAAGAAAAAUGAUUUUAUACAAAUAAACAAUAAUUUAUUAAAACACAUUUCAAAGAAUGAUACGAAUAUUUUUCAAUUGGCUAACAGCACAGAAAACUGUUUAAACUUAACUGAAGGUAAUAAAAGUUUAGUUUGGGAAAGUGAUCAAAGUAUAAAAAAUGAUAAAAUUCAAAGACAAAAUACAAUUACUCAACAAAUAGUAAAACUAAACAACGCUAUAGAAGAUGCGAAACCAAAUGCUCGAAUAAAAAGAGGUUUUCGAAAAGUUAUACGAAAAAUAUUUCACAGGAAUAUUGACUCGAUCAUAUGACGAUUCUUUAUAUGAAACAAGAGUUUUAUAGUAGAAAAAAAAUAUAGUAUAUGAAAAAAUUUACUUUUCAAAAUUAAA